GUGCGCCGCCGCCGCCGCCGCCGCCACCUUCACCAUGAACAGUGUGGGGGAGGCAUGUACGGACAUGAAACGCGAGUACGACCAGUGCUUCAAUCGCUGGUUUGCCGAGAAGUUUCUCAAGGGGGACAGCUCCGGGGACCCGUGCACCGACCUCUUCAAGCGUUACCAGCAGUGCGUUCAGAAAGCAAUAAAGGAGAAAGAGAUUCCUAUUGAAGGACUGGAGUUCAUGGGCCAUGGCAAAGAAAAGCCGGAAAACUCUUCUUGACCUUGACAGUCACCUUGAAAAUGGAUUUCUCAAAUCAGGAAAUUGAAGACUUUGGAUUUUUUUCAACUAAGGCUGUGAGGAUAGCCACCAGUUUUGAUGAGGAAUAUGGGAGAGGAGUUUUAUUUCCUCCUUCUUGAUGUUUUUAUCUCACUUGUAAAAGGUGAUGAACUCUAUGCUUUGAGAUCAUUUCUCACUUGCUCUUGCAGAAACUCAAGUGUGCUAAAAUUGAACAAUUUUGGGGGAUCAUGGUUGCAAUAUUUGAUCUGGGAUCAGCUUUAAAUAUAGCUGGUAUGUAAAUGAUAAACUAGUCAGGAUGAUCAAGGUUACCUGACCUCUUGAUUUUUGCUGCAAAGGACACUGUAUACUGGCAUCAUGAAAUUGUUCAUGAAAGCAAUUGGUUAGGACCUCUUCUUUUCUCUCAGGGAGCUAAUGCUCUAAAAAGGGAUCUGGGCACAAGUUUCAAUCAGUGCUUGGAAGCACAGUUUUAUUUUUAUAUAGUACCUAACAGUUAAGAUUGCCCGUGGCCUGGAUUAGCAAAGAGGAAGACAGUUUUUAACAGACAGUUCCCUGCCUUAACAAGAGGUGUAAGAUUAAGAUGUGGAAGUUUCAAGAACGUUUCUGUGAACACCAUUUCAGAGCUUACAGUGUAGUUCAGGAAUUAAGAUACUUGGAAUAGCUGUGGAGAAAGAACCUAAAUUUCAAAGAUUUGCUCUUGUCAGCUUUCAGCCCAGGUCAGUGCUUUAAAUCAACCUGCAAAAUGCUGCAUCUGAUUAAACUGGGGAAAAAGGUGUUUGCUUUAUUUGUCUUGUUUACCCAUCCUGUUCUGUAAUGUCUGUAAUCAUGAAGAUGGAAUAAAUUUUAACAUUUAGUUUCUAUCAUUAUUUAC